GCAGGAGGUCAGACUGGAUAGUCAGAAAGAUCCCUUCUGGCCUUGGACUCUCCCUAGGAAGCUGAGUGUCAUUGGCCACAGGCUCAUCAGGGGGUCCAAAAGGGAUUGGCCCAUUAGGGAUAAGGAGAGCAGCCAGUGUGACAAUACUUAUAUCACUCACUGCUGCGACAGACACUUCCCCAUUACUGCUAAGCAGGAAACCCCAGAUGCAGCAGGUUUGAAGGUGCCUGAGAUGCAGCUUGUGCAUGUUUCACACAGCCCCGAAGUCCCCUCCCCACAACCAGCUAUGGGCGUGCUCAAACCCACUGGGCCUGCCAGGCUCUCAGCCCCUGGUGUGAGACUCUCCCCCAACUCAAGUGACUCGGGUGCUGGGAAUUUCUCUGUCUAGCUCUUCCCUGGUUUUCCCCCCCCUGCUCUUUUUCUCUUCUUUGGCAUUUUCUGCCUUGUGUUCCCCAGUGGGCAGACAGCUCUCCUGUCCCUCCCCAGGGGAACGCACCCAGCUGCGUAGUGCAGGGCCAUCCUUCAUCACUCCUGCCGCCCCUCUCCUCCUGCGACCCUCUGUCUUGUUUAGAGGUGAAGGUGGCUUGAUUUUAUAAGUAAGACUAAGAUCCCAGAUUGCCACCCUGCAGAGGAAUGUCUGCUCCAGCCAGCUCUCUGGAGAUGGCAGCCUCUGCUCGACAGAAGCAGUGAGCUAGAUGGGGCAGGAAGCAGGAGAGUAACGCCAGCCCUGCAGACCUGGCCAGGAGACACGAAAGUGCCGCGUGGGGCAAAGUCCCAGGUACAGAGCGGCUCUUCUCCCACGAGUCCAGGAAGCCUCUUCUGCUCCCAAGCGUGGAAUCUCUGGGAACUUGGGAUCCAGGGAUCUGCUCCCAACCCUCCUGCAAGGUCAGCAGGUCAUCCUGAGCAGAAAGAGCCCAACGGGCCGGCUGUGACCUCGCAGCGUUGCACCCCGCUGGGUUCCCUGGGCUGCGCAGCUCCAUGGCCCCGUACCGCAUCCGGCAGUAUGAGGACGGUGACUACGAGGUGGUGCGCACCAUGUUCGGCCAUGGGAUUAAGGAGCACGCUUCUGCUGGCUACAUUCACAUGCUGAAGUGUCUCCAGACCCAGCUGCUCUUCUUGGGCCUGUUUCUGGCAGUGCUCGCAGCCUCUGGGUCCCUCCUGGUCUCCCUCCUGGCUCUCCUGCUCACUCUCAUUGGGGGCUGGUUUUACAUGCGGUCUCUCUGGACCGAUUAUGUCCAGCAGUCUCUUCGCAACGACCUACUGGACAUCCGGAGAACCUACCUGGAGGCAGCAGACUCUUGUUUCUGGGUGGCAGAGGCUGAGGAGACUGUGGUGGGCAUGGUGGGGGCCGUCCUGCCAGAUGACCCCUUGGAAAGGGGGCGCGCCCUGGAACUGAAGCGCAUGUCCGUGGGGAGGGAACACCGGGGCCGGGGCAUUGGCAGGGCGCUCUGCAGGACGGUCAUCCACUUUGCCCAGGAAUGUGGGUACAGUGCGGUCGUGCUGUCCACCUCCAUGGUUCAGUACUCGGCCCAGCAGCUGUAUGAGAGCUUGGGCUUCCGGAGGGUCUCGGAACGGUCCCCAUCGCUCCUCGCUAGCUUCCUGCAGUUCUCUGUGUUCUAUUACCGAUACGAGAUUCCAGCGUCUCACUGAAGGCUCAGGGGUGGCGAUUCUUCACCUGCCCACUCAGCCGCUGAGAGCUUUGCCUGUCUUGUUAAUUAACUCCCAGCAAGAUGAUACUUAUUUACCUUUUUGGUUAAAAAAUAACUGAGCUUGGAGGAAAAGUCUCACUCGCAUGACACUGUUUUUGUGCUGGCUUGGGAUUAUUGUUCCCCCAGGGCCAGGGGCUCCCCCUUCCCCACAGCCACCUGGGUCCCCUGGAUCUGAACUUCACCCCUGGAGCUGAGCCGGCCAGGUUCAGACUCACCCCCAUUGCUCAGUGGUUCCUAGAUGAUCCCUGACCCCUAGAAAACCAGGCGACCCUGGCAAGGAAACCUCCAUGAAGGUUCAUUUGAAUGUUCACCCACUCUUCUUUGAUGGGUUCAUGUCUCAUUCCUGUCAUCCACAAAUGUCCAAUCCUUGGAUCUUGCCAAUUUCUUCACCCCUGCACAACAUCCAGUAGCAGUGAGUUCCACAGGCUGGCUAUGUGUUGUGUGGAAAGGCAAUUCCUUUGCUAGGUUUACAAUGUCCCAGCUUUCCCUUUCGCUGGCUGUCCCCUUGUCGGUGUAUCCUGGGACAAGGAGGACACAAGCGCUGGAUCUUCGUUCUGUACCCCAUUCGUUCUUUUAUUCACAUUGAGCACGUCACCUUAGAAAGGAGACGGAUAAGAGUGAACAAGCCCAGGCUCGCUGAACUCUUCAUGGGAGAGUUUUUCCAGGCCCUUGUUUAUCCCCGUUGCCGUCCUCUGAACCUGCUAGUUCUGCAAUGUCCUUUUGGAGCUGGCCCGUAUCCGGAUCGACCUUCUCUUUGCCGGCCUGUGUGGACCGGGCACGUGGCAGCCCUGGGUGCACAUGCUCACUUGCUCUCGCUCCUCGCAGCCCAGAGUACUCGGCACCUCCCCGACAGCCCCACUCGCUCACCCGUUUCCAGGCAGCGCGAGGUGUCUCUAUUGCAGCAGCAGCAGCCCUGGCAGGAAACGAGUGAGGGUGCAAACGCCCAGCUUGGCCGGAGCACACAGCUCAGUCUCGGGGGUCGUGUCCUCGGCGCUAAGGGCACAGCUCGGUGGCUGGUUCCCAGGGCCGUUGACGGAGACGUGCUAGCUCUGAUUUGAACUGCUGGGCCAAAAGUAGCCAUGUGCCUGCCGGAGCUCAGGCUAGCUGGCUGGGUAUGUACCCAGGGGAGGGCAGCUGGGACUGGUCGUAGGCAGCUGACCAGAGCUAUGGGUCUCCCAGAGCGGUGUGACCCAAAGUGCCUCGUGUGCCAGCACCAUGCAGCACCCCCAGAGCCCCAGCCCCACCCCGCACAGGGGCUGGGAAGUGCCAAUCCGUUGGGGUCCUCGGCUGGGUGGUGCCACCCAGCGAGAAAGCCUGCACUGCGGUCAGCAGCCAACAGCCGGGAUUCUGCGGCAUCAGCUCCUCCCCAGCCAUUCCCAGGGCAGGGACUCCCGCAGCAGCUGAGCCAGACCCCAGGGGCUGAUGGAGAGCAGGCCUCGCAGCAGGAGGAAUGCCUGGUUUUAAUCCUGCCC